AAACUUGCUAGGAACUAGUAUCAGUCGUGAGCAACACGGACACAUUAGUGUGUGACACACGGUGGUAGAACCAUGUGGAAGGCGUCGUGUCGACUUCGUAGUUGAGUUGUUCCAGCGGUUGUAGACUCAGUUUUCCGACAUGAUGAGUGGAGUUGUCCUUCACAGCAUAAAUAUAGUUUAGUGACAUUUGGUGUCACUUUGUGGACACAUUCAGCUUCCGUACAUCUCGCUGAAUAAUGGGGAAAUCCAAGACCAAGAACCAGAAGAAGGCCCGAGCAACAGCCAACCAUGUGGCCGAGGAGGUUUACGGAAGCGUCCCCCACUCCUUCGUGUUUCACCGGGGACAGAUCGGGAAAAACGUGGGUCAGCUCAUCAUGGACGUGCGCAGAGUCAUGCAGCCGUUCACAGCAGAGUCCCUGAAGAUUAGGAAGAAGAACGUGCUGAAGGACUUUGUGACCAUCGCAGGACCGCUGGGCGUGACGCACUUCAUCAUCUUCAGCAAGACGCCCACCAGUGUCAACAUGAGACUUGCUCGACUUCCCAAAGGUCCCACGCUUCACUUCAAAGUGCUCAAGUACGCUCUCGUCAAAGACGUCGUCUCCACUCUGAAGAAGCACCGGAUGCACGAGCAGCAGUUCACUCACCACCCGCUGCUCAUCCUCAACAACUUCUCAUCUGAGGGCAUGCAUGUCAAACUCAUGGCCUCCAUGUUCCAAAACAUGUUUCCUUCCAUUAAUGUGCACAAGGUAAGCCUCAACAACAUCAAGAGAUGUGUGCUGAUAAAUUACGACACAGAGUCCGGCGAAAUUGAAUUUCGACACUACAGUCUGAAGGUCGUCCCUGUUGGGAUGAGCCGAGGAGUCAAGAAGCUGAUGCAGGAGCGGUUCCCCAACAUGAACAAGCUGGAGGACAUCAGUGAGCUGCUGAUGAAGGGGGUGAAUCUCUCAGAGAGUGAAGCGGAACAAGACGGAGAACACAACAUCACCGAGCUGCCGCAGGUUUACUCUGGCCGAGGCAACAUGGCGUCCCAGCAGAGCGCCGUCCGACUGACGGAGAUUGGUCCUCGCAUGACUCUGCAGCUAAUGAAGAUACAAGAAGGCAUGGGAGAGGGAAACAUCCUUUAUCACGCCAUGAUCUCCAAGACAGAAGAGGAGAUACAGGAGAUCCUGAACAGGAAGGAGGCGCAGCUUAAAGACAAAGAGGAUCGUCGGAAAAAGCAGGAGCAGAACGUUGCUCAGAAGAAAGAGAAACAAGAAGAGAACAAGAAAAAGAGCCUGGAGGGCAUUAAGAGGAAACUUGCCGAGGCUGAAGAGGACAGCGAGGUGGAGGAUCCGGGCGCUCAGAGCAACCAGCCAGCUGCUGUUGAGUCUGACGAUGAGGUGGAGUACUACAGACAGGCUGUCGGACAGGAGCCAGAUGAAGACAUGUUCCCUAGUGCCAAGAGGAGGAAGAUGUCCUCUGGUCAACCGCCAAGAAAAGACAGAGAUGCCAGACCACCGAAGAGAAACGGUCCCGGAGGGAAAGGACGGAAGCAGUCCAGGGACGGGGAGAAACCGUUUGGAAAGAAAACGAGGCCUGGAGGAAAGACUUUUGGAGCAAAGAAAGCUGGAGAUAGGGAGAAGAAAUUUGGUGGGAAGAAGAGAUUUGAAGGGAACAAAACAUUUGGUGGGAAUAAAAACAAGGACAAGUCAUUCAGAGCUAAAGGUCAGAAAGCCAAGCCGGGCUUCAAGAAGAGAGGUGCAGGAGCGAAACAAGGCUUCAAACAGAGGAAAGGAAAAGGCAUUUUGCACGCUAUGACUUGUGUGAAAGCAGCAGGGAGACAGGAUAACCUUUUGACAGAAACCAAGAUGGUGCACAACUUCACCAAGUGUGAGAGGUUUCAGAUCGCCCUGCUGCCCUCGGUGUACGGGAUCGAGUUCAUUUUGGCCCUGGCAGGAAAUCUCUUCGCGCUGUGGCUGCUGGUGGUCAGAGAGCGGAGAAACUGGCACACCGGCGUCGUCCUGUCGUGUAACCUCGCCAUCAGUGACUUGCUGUACGUCCUGACGCUGCCUUUGCUGAUUGCCUACUACUCCAAGGAGAAGCACUGGAUAUUUGGCAACAGUGUGUGUAAAAUCGAGAGGUUCCUUUUCACCUGCAACUUAUACGUGAGCAUCUUCUUCAUCAUGGCGAUCAGCGUGAACCGAUGCGUGGCCCUCAAGUGGCCCUUCUUCACACGGUCUCACGUGAAGCCUGUCCACGCCAAGGCCGUCAGCGUCGUCAUCUGGAUCAUCGUUGGAGUCAUUUCCUGCCCUGUGCUGACAUUUUCCACCACUUGUGAGCGCAAUAACAAGACUCUGUGUGUGUCCUUCUGUGACAAGACUCUGGGGGAUGAGAGACCUCAUCUGACCUACAAAAUGUUUCUCGCUGUGUUUGGGUGUCUGGUUCCCUUCGUGGUUACUUUCAUUUCCUACUGUGUGGUGAUUCAGGUGGUGUGGAAGAAUGUCAGCAUAACCACUCUGGACAAACGCAAGGUGGCCCUGCUGGUUGCGUCAGUGCUUGUGCUAUAUGCCAUUUCCUUUGUGCCAUAUCACGUCUUUCAGGUCCAUCACCUGUAUAUGAAACUCAACGGCAACAAUGAUGUUUGCUGGGUCUACGACAUGUACCAGGUGUCCAAGGGACUGGCUGCUCUGAACAUGUGCAUCCAUCCGAUCCUUUACGUGGCCGUGUUUGACAGUAUAAGAGUGGCCUGUUGUGGGAAAAACCUGGAGGACAAUAACAGUACAGAGAUGAGAAUGUAGAUUUGCUCCUUGACAACUGCUCUGUGAAGUACAUUAUCAUUUCAUGCUGUAAAAAUUAAGCUAAUUUCAUACCAUAUAUUUUUUUACACAGGUGAUUUUGAUUUUGCCCAUCUUAUUGUUGUUAUUUCUGACAGUUAUUGCAGUGCAGUAUUUAACCAUCUGCAAUAAACAUUUCUUUGCUUU